GCUAGUCGCUACUCGCAGCGCGGUUCGUGCAAUACGUUGAUCUAGCUUGUAGUCGGUAGUCGUGUCCACGGCGCCCAUCGAAUCGCACGCGCGGCUCUCCUUAGAACCGGCCGGCUCCCGAAUAAUGUUUCAGUGCUUGACAAACUCAAUCGGAGGUCUCGGAAGAAGUAUCGUAUUUAAUAAUUUACACUGUAUAACCGAUCGCAUAUUCUCAGUGAGUGUUACGCAGUGUGUACGGAAAAAACUUUGUCGAAGAUUCUGAAGAAUCUUGUGUAAAAUUGUGUAAUACACCGGCUGCCGCCGGAUUGCGUUUUGCACAAAACUUUUUGACUGCGUGCGUUGUCCUCAUCGCGCGCAUCUUCCCUGUGAUAAGAGGGUCCUGUGAUAUCGACGAGUUCGACUUAGCUUUAAAAUUAGUUAGUGUUUAGGAAUAUAGAAUUAAAAAUGUCGCCACCGUUAGAUUCAUUCGUUCAGUUUGACAUCUGGGAAGCCUUGGACGAAGAUUCUGUCAGGUUGACACAGACUUCAGAGUUCUGGACUCAAGUUCAAUAUGAAGCAGACGAAUUGGACAUCCUCCCUCCAGCCAACUUUUCAGAUCCGCUACAAGAAAGCGAUGAAGACUGGAGGGUAAUGGAAACACAAGAGGAAGAAGAACCACACAAAGAAAAUAUAGUACACCAUGAUUGUAUGUGGGCUGGCUCUUGUGCGGAUUUAGUACAUCCAGGAAAUACAUUUGUCCCAAGCGAUCCGACCACAACACCAACCACACCAGGACAGAGUCUUCUUCGAAGAGAUAUGUCACCGUCAAGACCUGAAACUCCACCAUCAAUAGACGGCGAUGAACCACCACAGUUCCGUCAUUCGGUAGAUGUAGCUGGCACAGCUCUACGCCUCUUGAGAGACUCGGCCGUGGUAGCAGCUGACCAUUCAUACACACUGGCCCGGCGGCACUUAGACUACCUCGGCGUGCAAACACCCUCUGACUCGUGUGAAUCAGAGGAGGAAAUAGACGUGGUCUCGCUUGGUACGCAGCAGCCGUUGCCACCAUCGCAAACUCACGUGCGCACGGACACCCUGCCCCGCGUGCCCUCUGCGCAGGAGCGCCAGCACAUACAGCGCACCGUAGAGACUGCCAUCACGCCGCGCUCCCCGCGGCCCGCAGCCAGGAAGCGUCUAGUACCGCCGCCCAGCAUAGCGGCAGCGUCGUCUCGUCGCCGCGCCCGAGGCCCUGGCCGCCGUGGACGCCGCUCUAACACUGAUACUGACUCUGAAGCCGAAUCGCCCGAGAUCGAACGGCGCUCCAUCCACAACGACAUGGAGAGACUACGACGCAUUGGCCUCAAAAAUCUCUUUGAUGAGCUCAAAAAGCAGAUCCCGGCCACUAAAGACAAGGAGCGCGCGCCUAAAGUUGUCAUUCUGAGAGAGGCGGCCGCGCUCUGCAAAAAACUUAACUAUGAAGACAUCGAGAGGGAAAAGCUAAGGAAGAAGCAACUCCAACUUGUGACGAAGUUGAAAAAACUACGCUCCGCGCUGUCAACGCGCUACGGACGAAACUGAGCGCGCCGCGCUACUGACUGGUAAUCAAUUUGUUCCAACUGAGGGACUGUACAUAGCCUACUCGACUGGACACUUAUGGACUGUCAACUUUUUAUGUAAGUUGCGCUUCUCAACGCUCUAGUGAACGUUAGGAACAGUUUAUCCAAGACGCGGUAGCACAUUUGCGCCCGUCCGCGCGGCCGGUGACUCCCUUGCCGUUCUGAUUGCUAAAAUGUCCUCAGUCGAGUCGGUAUUCGGGAGUUUGUUAUAUUUCAAAGAAAAUAUUCAGCUUUUACGGCUUACUCUGCUUCUGGCAAGGUCUCGAGAGUAUAAUUAUGACACACUGACCGCUAGGUUUGUUUUGCUCAAAACGAUAUUUUGCAGUGCCAAAGUGAGCCAUAAAACUGUUGUUAACGACAAAUCCUAGGUCUUCAGUAAAAUAUCUUAAUAGUUACAGACUGCUUCGUGAACUAGUAGACUGGUUUAUACCUCUAAAAUGUUUUUUGAAUUUAUCAUUAAAGUAUACAUAGUUGAAAUAGCACAUACAGAUUUACUCCGUGUUGACAGAUCGAAAAUGAUAUGACAUUUGUUAAAAUAUUGUUUCGAGACGUUGAUAUGAAGAUUUUUUACUGGACCUUCCAUUAAAUAGUUAAGUAUUUUAAAGGAGCAUGAAUUUGUCAGUGCUGUAAAUAUAAUGAGAACGUGCAGGUAGUUGAAAGCUUUGUCAGAGGUGGUCAAGCGCUUGUGAGCAGACUGGAGAUGUAUGGCCACUAUAUAUGUUUUCGGCCCGAUUCGCAGGAUUUUCAAUUUUAACCUUUGACUCGCGAGAGUGGGGUUACUGAAGUGAUACAUCAAUUACUAUUACUUUUAAUUGCUUUAAGUAAACUAUUAUUUUAACUGCUUUAAGUAAAUUGCAUUUUAGGAUAGGCGAGCUUGUUUAAUUAGUUUAUUUUUGUUAUUUUGUAAAUUUUUAACACUUAUUGUUUUUUACGUUAGAAAUGCCCUAUUAACUCGGUACCAAUCUUCGUUAAUUUGGAAUCGUUUGAUAAAUUUUGGGUCGUUUUAAAUCGAUAAUGUUUUGUACAAUAAUAGAAUGAUGCACAUACAGCUUCCAUUAUGAGAUGAUGGUGUUGAUUCAUACGAUUUUAUGAGUAAUGUGUAUGCAAUUUUAUAUCAUGUGAAACUACACCGACGAUAGCAUGUGAUUGUGAUAACGGCUUUUUAGAUUGACUAUUUAAUAAGAAGUAACUACAUAGCGCCCUGUCGGGGCUUCUAUCCUUUUGAUAGUGUUUUAAAUGCGGACCAUUCGCGAAAAUUUUAUUUUGAUGUUGACCGUUCCUGUUCUUUGUCGUAUCACGUUUUGGUAUGGAUCUAUGUUCACAACAUUAAUUUUUAAAAUACUCUGGCAGCCUUAAUACUACUACAUUGCAUUCGUGCUUUUUCUGACUAGAUUUCUCUUUAAUAAAUAUCAUGACGAUGGGCAUGCUUCCUAAUUACAUGGGACCUGUAACAAGCCUUUCGAGGAAUGAAAGGUCUUUUGUCAUGUUUCGUAAAUAUUUGACUUUGAUUUGUUAAAAUAGUUGUGGACAGUCCAUUUGUACCUAAGUGUGAACGGAACUCGAACACACAUGAGCUUGCUAUCCGAAAAUGUAGUUUCUCUUCAUUUUACGAUCAUCGUACCUUAUUAUAAUUAUAAACAUUAUUAUUAAUGUUAAGCCGUUUAGAAUAUUGAAAUCAAUAUAAAAUCAUUCGCAUGUUGGGAUUACAAUAGAAACACCAUAUUUCAUUAUGAUUUAUGACAUUAAGAUAAUAUGUUUUUAUGUAAAUUGUAUAAUCUCAGCGACAGUCAUCGAUUCGUAAGAAAAUAAUAGACUGUGUAUUUUGAUAAUAACAUCAAGUCUUAUAUACCAUAUAAUAUGACGGUCCGGAGAGGAUCGAUUAAAAAAAAUAACCAAGACAUAGUUCCUCAUAGUACCUACUAAUAGUAAAUUUUGCAUUUUUUUUCUUUAUAUUUUUUUAUUAAUGCAGGUAAGUUAGUAAAGUACUCGCAAUAGUUGGUGUUUACUGAACAUUAGAGCCUGGCCAGGAUAAUAAAGCGUCAAAAUUGUGCAGAAGUGGAACUCGAGCCGAUGUUGAUUGUUUCGGUCUAGCCGCGCCUUUAUUCUACUGGCCAGGUGCCGAAGGUUGAUGUUUUAUCAAGCACAGGUCAGCGACGUGAGUGAGAAGGCUUUAAUUGUGUGAGGAAUGUGCCUUGCUAUGUUCAUGUACAUGUAUAUAUAUAUUAGGUUUAUACUCGAAUUAGUUGCAAGACAUAUUUUUUGUGAACGAUGUCUACGAUUAGAAUAGCGCUGUUCUAAGUAGUGUACAUACACAGACAAGAAAGUUAUUGAUAUUAAAGAUGUUUAUCUUAUCUUCCACUAGAUGAUUAAUUGUACAUACGAUUGUAAUGGUAAUACUAAGUAUAAUUAUACUUUGAUCAAUCUUUUUUACUAACGAGUCUUUUUCCUAGUAAUCGUUUAGUUUUCUUAACUGGAGAGUUACGGAUCCUCGAAUGUUGUACCUGCAUUUAUUUUUUGUUAAUUCAUAUCUUGACAUAAUUAAAUAAAGAUAAUAAUGGUUUUAGUUAUCCAAAAUGUAAUCGGUUGCUUGGUGAUGACGACCAGUGUAAUUAGACCCAUAAGAAAAAGUCAGUAGUUAAAUGUUAAUGGUAAGAAAUGACAGCUUUAUAAAAAUCGGAGACAGAAUGUGAAUGUAAGUGUUGACAAGUGUAGAAGCACGUUCUUGUGAACACUAUUGUGACAAGGCACAUUUCCACCACUGGCAAAAUGGAAAGGAAUUAUUGAUAAGUUUAGGUUGAACUGUAUAUAGUUAAGGUCGGGUUAUAAAAUUAUAAGUCCUGUUAUAUGUAAAAGAUUUCCUUUUAUUCUUUGUGUAGUAUCCGUAUGUAUGUAACACCUAGCCGCCGCCGGCCGCGCCCGAUGUAGUUAUUGUGACGAGAGGCCGCGGGCCGGCGGGGUGCGCGCGCGCCGCUACAGGGAAUGCAGGGCGCAACAUAGAUUCCGCCUAAUAUUAAUAUUGCACUCUGCAAUCUUUGAAGCGACGCUCUUAUGUCUAAGGACCUUUGUACUUAUGUGACUAAUUUUUUGGGAUACUAUUGUAACACAGAGAUAUUUUUUUUUUGGUUUUGUUCCUUUAUGUGUAUGGAAACACUGAUACAUUGUAUUGCAUUGACUAUACAUAUUAAACGCUUACGUCGGAUCCGGAGAGAGCUUGGGAACAGUGGGCUAAUUAAUGUGAUUUUUAUACUUAUUCGCUGUAAUUUGGGAUAAAUAAAAUCAUUGUAUUGUAUAGUAUAGAUUCUGUGAUUAUGUACCUGUUGGGUACGUUUGGGUUUCCAUAGCCCUAUCUGGUCUGACUUAAUAAAAAAAAUCAUUUGA